UAUUUAGGCGUCCCCCACUUGAUCUCAUUCAUAAAAGCGUCAGCUGUUGCAUCGAACGCAUCGGUUAUCCUGCUUUUCUUUUGUUUUCGUCAUUUUGAGGGAAUAAUAAACACAAUGAACAGUUUCAUUGUGGUGGUGGCUCUGAUGGCCACUGCUCAGGCUGUCUCUUUCUUUGAUCUUGUUCACGAGGAAUUCCAGACCUUCAAGCUCCAGCACAAGAAGAAUUAUGAAAACGAUAUUGUGGAGAAUUUUAGGAUGAAGAUUUUCAUGGAGAAUAAAUAUAAAAUAGCUCAGCACAAUACCAAGUACGAGCUCGGGCUUGUCUCUUACAAACUCAACCUCAAUAAGUAUGCAGAUAUGCUUCACCACGAGUUUAUCGGCACCUUAAAUGGAUUCAAUAAGACUAAGAAAGGUGGACUGAAGGCAAUUAGGAAGUCCACUGGUGCGACGUACAUCGAGCCAGUUCACGUCGAAUUGCCUAACACUGUUGAUUGGAGAGAGAAAGGUGCCGUUACCCCUGUGAAAGAUCAAGGCCAUUGUGGAUCAUGCUGGGCAUUCUCAGCAACUGGCAGUUUGGAGGGUCAGCAUUUCAGAAAAACAGGUGUUCUCGUUUCCCUCAGCGAACAGAACCUGGUGGACUGCUCUGGAAAAUACGGUAACAAUGGCUGCGAAGGAGGUCUCAUGGAUCAGGCAUUCCAGUACAUCAAGGCAAAUCGUGGCCUCGACACCGAGAAAUCAUAUCCAUACGACGGACAAGACGAGAAAUGCAAGUUCAAUCCACGAAAUAUCGGCGCUGAUGAUGUUGGAUUUGUGGAUAUUCCUCAGGGUGAUGAACGCAAGUUGAAAGCAGCCGUUGCUACUGUGGGGCCUGUAUCCAUUGCCAUUGAUGCAUCACACCAGUCCUUCCAAUUUUAUUCUGAAGGUGUUUACGACGAAGUUGAAUGCUCAAGCGAGGAGUUGGAUCAUGGGGUACUCAUUGUUGGAUAUGGAACAGACGAGGAGGGACGUGAUUACUGGCUCGUGAAGAACAGCUGGGGACCCUCGUGGGGACUUGACGGAUACAUCAAGAUGUCUCGCAACAAGGGGAAUCAGUGUGGUGUUGCCAGCUCGGCCAGCUAUCCUCUAGUUUAAAGGUCUCAUAUUCCAUGUAGCUAAACGAAUGUGAUUGAAUGACUUCAAUUUGUUUUCGAUUUAGAUUCGGGCUAGUGAGGAUUUUAUUAAAAAAUUCCAUGACGCAGAAACAUUUUUGAUUGAGCAAAUGCUAUUUUUUUUAUUAUAAAUAACGGUUAGCUGUUAAU